ACAACGUUCUGAUUGCCUUCAUGUCUAAAUACGCUUCCAACCCUAAAGACUGGUCACGAUUCGCCCGCAACGACGUGAGCAAGAACUAUACUCGCAACUUGGUGGAGGAUAUCAAUGGCCGUGCCAACCUGCUGGUUCUGGUUUGGAACCCUCAGAAAGGCUCGCCAAUCCAUGAUCACGCAGAUGCGCACUGCAUCAUGAAGAUUCUCGGGGGAGAACUGAAUGAAGUGAUAUACGACACGCCAGAUCCCGAACGAGGUCAUGAUGCGCCUUUGACGGUCAAGCAAGAGACAACGUACAAGACCGACGAAGUUGCGUAUAUCUGUGACCAGAUCGGACUGCAUAGGGUCAUGAAUCCACAGAAGGAUCAAGUUGCUGUUUCUUUGCACUUGUAUACGCCGCCUAAUGCUGCGGACUUCGGCUACAACAUCUAUGAUCGCGACACUGGACGGAGCAGCCAUGUCUAUCAGGCAUCUUAGGGGGUGAGAGGAGGCCUUGGACAAGGACAGACGAGUGCAGGACACUCGCUAUGAUUUACGACUAGCGUUGAUUAACCUGUAUGCAUUUGGACUGGGAUUUGGCGGACCUGGCAUAUGAUAUUCCAGGGACUGUUUCUGUUGGCAUCUAUGUAUUACAGCGACCUGGAUCACUUCGAGGCGAAUAAGCCAUGCAUAGUAAUACCCAGUUCAAUGUCUUUUUCAAAUAGACUGCCAGCCUUCGAGGUAAAUGAUGCAGAUUGGAUAGUAAUGGUCUUGUUCCCAUAGAAGGUAUUUUGAAUUUGCAUUUCAGAUGCGCUCAC